AUGCCCGGCAUGGAAUCGACCUCGCCCAGUUUUGCCCCGUCACCUCACGGCCGGCUGUUGUCGGAAAACUUUCCGCAAUUCUCGACGGGAUCAUCGUCGCCAUUUCCUCAUGGCCAUCAGCACCAACAACAGGAAAUGCACCGACUUCGUCAACUCCAACACCAAGCGGCCUUGCAACAGCAACAGGCUAUUCUGCAUCAACAAAUGAUGUCAGUGUACCAUCAACAACAGCAAUCGCCACAACCUUUCUACGGAUUCGGUCACGAGCAACCUCAUGCUUCGGUUGAACCAUCGUCUCCAUCUUAUUAUUCCAUGCAAACCGAUCAAAAAUCCCAUAUCAGUGGGGCCAUCAAAAAAACCCAAAAUGAAGCGCAACGCCGAGCUGAGCAUAACGCCACCGAGCGUGCACGCCGCGAAAACCUCAAUGACAAAUUUCAACAACUGGCUCAUUGUUUACCUAACCUCAAUGAUCGCCGUCCUUCCAAAGGGCGCAUCAUUGAAAGCACGCUUGAGUUUGUCAAACAGACGGUAUCCAAGGAAGAACGUUACCUGAACGAAAUCAACGAAUUGCGCAAAGCCAAUCAAGAAUUGCAGAGACAGUUGGCCACGGGUAGCGUGAUUGAUGACACGGAAGAUACCCAGUCAAUGUCUGCAUUUUCCGAUCGAUUGUCUCACAAAUCAUCGUGUUCGUCAUUUGUCGCCACGCCCUCGGUGGCAAAUUCAGGCAAAAGCCCCUUGUACCAGCAUCCUUAUCCCUCGCAAUGGUCCACAGGAACCAAUCAUCUCCAAGGACUCGUUUCAUCGCCGUUUGAUGACAACGGCAGCGAUGAUGAUAUUAGUACCAAUGGCGAAGAUAUUGAUUCCAAAACAUCCCUAUCCCAUCCUUACAAUUGUAUGAUGACUAUGCCGACUGAUUAUGCUUCUCUCUCUAAAUUACAUGUCUCUUCAUCAUCCUUGCCAUUAUCCGAUUUCCAAGUCAAAUUCGAUCCUUUCCUUCAACACUGA